CGUGUAGUUGACAAUGUUUUCAAAAAAAUCAAGGACAUCGAAAUCGCAAUAUACUAUUUAUGUAGAGUACUUAGAAAAAAAUUGUUUGUUAAGAACUGGAAAACUUUCUCCUAACUUGGGCCCAGAGGAUCUUCAUUCUUUGUGGCUGCAACUAGCAGAGGAGCUAAAUGCAUGUGGAGAUGGACCCACUAGAGAAGUUGAAGGAUGGAAGAAGGUGUUCACUGCGUGGAAAUCGCAAACUCGCAAGAAAGCACGGGAGAAUAAAGCACUAAAUGCUCUCGAAAUAGGGUUAUUAAGGGCAACCGGCACAGUGGUAGUGCAUGGGAUUUCUACAGUACCUGAAAUAGGGGUAAAUGAAGUGCACGAAGCGAUUCAUGCAGUUGAAAACGUGGAAAUACAAUAUGUUGACGAAGUAAUACAAGAUGUAGAUGGAGCGGUAGCCUCACUGGAUGUUCCCAUAGAACAGAUACUCCCUACCCAUAAGGACGCCUACAUAAACGUUGUUCAUUGCUUCAAAUUGAAUAAUUUUAAUGAUUCAAAAUAAAUUAAUACAACUAUUACAUUUGUUCCACAUGUUGUAAUACAUCUAUUAAUAAAAUAAAUUCAGGAUCA